CAUGCCCGUGCCGCGCGCGCCCGCACCCACGGUGACGCGCACUCCUCUAGCGGAGUGUGAGCGGUGACGAGCCGCACAGAGGAGCUUUCCUCCAGACCUGCGUCAGACGCACGUCUACUUUGUGAUUUUGUGUCGAACGAUACGUCUGACAUUUCCUUAAAUGUCGACGUAAUUUUUGCACGGUUGAGCAUUUUAGCGGACGGCUUUCUUGACUACUAAGCGCUGCAGGAGUCCCCCUUGGAAGAAACUGGCCGCGGAUUAGUACAUUUCGACGAGACAAGGAGGGGAAUAACUUUUUUCCCCCCUUAAGUGCGACUUUGCGUCUUUUCUCGCCUGCAAUCGUCCCCAGAAAUGGUGGGGCAGCUCCACUUGCAAGCGAUGGAUGAAAGUCUCAAAGGAAAGAACCGGGAAGGGCUGCUUGACAGCCCGGACUCGGGGCUGCCUCCCAGCCCCAGUCCGCCCUUCUGCUCCCUCUCUCCCACUCUCAUCGAGCCGCGCUCCGGCAGCUGCACGACACCCGUGGAGAGCAAGCAGCAAGCGGCCUGGAAGAAGGACGCCAAUCGGGAGGGCAAACUGCUGCCUUACCUGCUGCUCAACAACACAGGAACAGACCCCAGGACUCGCAUGUAUCCUGUCUUCUAUGGGGAGAGCAUCGAGGUUGACCCAAAGCCAGAGAAACAAGUCAAGUGCACUUCAGCGGUCCGGUACGAUUCGGACAAGCAUUACCAAGACCAAGUGUACUGCAUCACCGUCCCCACGGCGACUUCGUACAGCGAAACGGUGGUGGCGGUGCCCAACUGCACCUGGAGGAGCUACAAAUCCCAAGUGUACCUGGAGCCGCGGCAGAAGCCCAUCAACUACCAGAGCACCACCAUCGUGUACCCCAAACACGCCAAGAACAUUUACCGCACCACGCUCACCUACAAGGCUGCGGCUGCACGUCGCUGGUUCGUCUCCAGAGUGCGGCUGGAGUCCAGCGACGAUUCAAGUCCCUGUAUCAUCUACACAGAGGACUUGUAAGCCCGCACACGAGCUAGUUGUUGUUUUUUGUUAAUUAUUAUUUUUUUAGGACUUGAGGACAACAGAUAGAGGGGCAACACAAGAUAACGGAAAGCUUCACCCUAUUUUUUUGUUCAUCUCGUCUCACCCCGGAGGAAAUCUUUCAACUUUGUACUGGCGCCCUUUUUAAAAAGGCUCCCGUUGUACCUCAUUGGCUUGAUGUCUUACUAUCUAAAGAAAACUAGAGCUGACAAAAAAAAAACUGCGCUCCUGCAGGAUGGACCUCAAUGAAAAGAAUCUUUCGAGUGUGGAGAAAAAAUUCACAAUGAAGAGCUGAGGAUUGAAUCAUGCAAGAUGGUGCAGCCUUUCAAAUUACAGCUCCAUUGCACUUGUUCCUGGAUAUGAAAAGCAUCGUGUGUGUGUGUGUGUGUGAGUGUGCGCGCACGCGUGUGCGUGUGUGUUUGAACUAUUGGACCAAAGUCAGUCAACAGCCACACAAGCUGCACAUGGGUUUACCACACCAUUUCCUCACUGUAUUUAUAACUGACUCAAUUGUACCACGGCAACCUAUUUAUUCACUUCCAAUUAUACACUGGAGUAUUAGUGCCACAAUGCAAAAGUAAAAAAAACACA